AUGUUGCGGACGGGGGUGCAGCGGACCCGGAGGCUCUCGACGCGCGCAUUGGCCUGUCGAGCGCAGUCGACCGUUGCUACCGCUCUGUCGUCUGCCGACAGCGGAGCGCUCACCAACCCGUUCAGAGUCCAGCCCGGCUGUCUCCAACCCGGUUUACCGGUUACGGAAUUCCAGGAACGCCGAGCCAAAGUGUUUGCUGCGAUACCUGACAACUCGGCGCUCAUCACGAACGCGGCAGAAGUCAAGUACAUGACCCACGAUAUCCCCUGGGAAUUCCAUCAGAACAGCAAUUUCAUGUACCUCACAGGACUCGAGGAACCUGAUGCCCAUGCAGUGCUGGUCAAGAGCCAAGGCAAGUGCUCGUUCGUGCUUUUCGUACGUCCCCGGGACCCGCGCAGUGAGCAAUGGGACGGUGCUCGCAUUGGGCUGGAUGGAGCUAAGGACCGGUAUUUGGCAGAUGAAGCUUUUCAAUUGACGGAUCUAGCGACAGGCAUGGAAAGGUUAUUAUCCGGAGUGGAGAAAGUCUUUGUGCUCAAACCUGACGGAGGAAAGUACGCCGCAAGCUUUGUCGAAGCGACACGAAACUUCCAUACCAAGUUCUUCGCUGGCGACUUUUUGGUCGAGCAGUUUCGUGUGGUGAAGUCCGAGAACGAACUGAACCGCAUGCGAUUUGCAGCGGACAUUGGUGCCCAGGGAUUUAUCGAUAUGAUGAAAGUUGCUCGACCUGGUAUGUCCGAGCUCGCGCUCGCGUCGACGUUUGAAGGGUCCGUCAAAAUGAAUGGUGCGCUUUGGAACGCAUUCCCGAACGUCGUGGGCUCUGGACCAAAUGCUGCUGUAAUUCAUUACUUGGCGAAGCGCGACCUGCUCCGCGAGAACGAGUUGGUGCUAGUGGACUCGGGGUGCGAGGUGGCUGGCGGCUAUGCGUGCGAUAUCACGCGCACGUGGGGUGUAGGCGAGAAGCUGUCUGCAGGACAUAUCACGAUGUACGAGUUUGUUCUGGAUGUUCAGAGGAAAUGCAUUGACUAUUUGAACAAAAUGAUCGCGGCAAAGGAGUCCAUCAGCUUGAACGAUCUGCACAACUACUCUGUUGAUAUCAUGAUGAAGCAUAUGCUCGAGUUAGGAAUCAUGAAGAUCAAGGGUGGGCCGCACUCGCGUGCUGCGAUGCGCGAGUUUCAGAAGUACAACCCGACACACGUUGGUCACUAUUUGGGCAUGGACACACAUGACACACCGCACGUCCCGCGCGAUGCACCGUUGGUGCCGGGUAUGGUGAUUACCGUUGAGCCAGGCAUUUAUUUGCCAAAAAACGACUUUGGACUGCCCGAUGAGCUUCGUGGGAUCGGUAUUCGGAUCGAGGACGAUAUCGUGAUCACGGGAACUGGAAUUGAGAUCAUCACGUCGAAGGUGCCAAAAGAGCUGAAGGACAUGGACGCAUUGCGAAUCGAGUAA